UACGAGACACCCCGGCCCAUUCAUUCCAGUAACCGGUUGUAAAAAGUUUGUUUUUUUCUUUGAAAAAUAAAUAUAAAAAGUGUUUGAAAUUAAAGUUGUACGAAAUGUUUGCUGCAAGACGAGCUCUGGUUUUGAAAGUAAUUCGUAACAAGGAAAUUUUCGCAAAAUCAAAACACACUCUACCAGAUUUGCCUUAUGAUUACAAGGCACUUGAGCCGAUAAUAUGCGCUGAAAUUAUGCAAUUACAUCAUUCGAAACAUCAUGCAACGUAUGUAAAUAAUUUGAAUAUUGCUGAGGAAAAAUUGAAGGAAGCUGUCGCAAAGGGGGAUGUCAAUGCACAAAUUGCUUUAGCUCCUGCAAUUAAAUUCAAUGGUGGUGGUCAUUUGAAUCAUUCUAUAUUUUGGAGCAAUUUGUCGCCAAGUAGCAGCAAACCAGACGCCGCUCUUUGUCAACAAAUUGAGAAAGACUUCAGCAGUUUUGAUGAAAUGAAGAAACGCUUAUCUGAAGCGACUGUGGGAAUUCAAGGCUCUGGCUGGGGAUGGUUGGGUUAUAAUCAAAAGGAAAAAAGACUUCAGAUUGCAACUUGCGCCAAUCAGGAUCCACUUCAAGCGACAACUAAUCUUAUUCCAUUGUUUGGAAUUGAUGUUUGGGAGCACGCCUAUUAUUUGCAGUAUAAAAAUAUUCGACCCGAUUAUGUAAAGGCCAUUUUCGAUAUUGCAAACUGGGCCGAUAUUAAUGCUCGUUUUAAGAAGGCUUGUUAAACUUUUCAAUUGGUAGUUUUUAGGCGAGAGAAAUCUACACUUCUUUAAGGAAAAAGAAAAAUUAGACUGGUCAUGAAUCUAAAUUCUUUUUAAAAAAGAAUUUUUUUCUUUAAAGUUAAAAAUGUGCAAAUUGGUAGAAUUUGACUAAAUAAUUUUUUUAUAGCAUUCGAUUAAAAUUCUAAUAGCUUACACACUUUCAACGUUUGUUAAAUUGUAACAGUUACUUGUUUUUCCAAAUAUACUUUUUAGGAUUACUGUGAUUUUUUAAUGCACUUUCUGUAUUCUUGGAAAAUUGAGACAAUACAGAUUUUCUUUAGAAA